AUGGAAGCACACCGCUCCAACAACACGCCUCUCCGCACUGAUAUUUCCACUGGAGCUUCUGCCCGGUCCGCAUCUGCAUCUGCUGCAAGUGCAAGUGCCAGUGCAGGAGUGGAGCGAGGAGAAGCAGCAACGCCAACCGCACUGGCUGUGCUGGCGGCGUCACAAGGGGUGGCAGCAGUGAGUGCAGCAGCGGUGGCAGCAGUGCGGAUCUCCACCUUCCACUCCUUCUGCCUGCAGACCCUCAGGCAGUUCGCGCACCUGGCGGGCCUCCCUAAGGACUUCACCGUCUUCCCUCCCAUGAUGCAGCUGCACUUCAUCAUCCGGCGCUUCCUGCACGAGUUUGGCCGCCUGGAAGCCGAGAACGCAGCCAUGCAGGUGCUGCAGGGCUCACGCAAUCUACACCAACCAGCAGCAGCAGCAACAACAGCAGCAUCGGCACGAGCUCCAGACCCAUCUGCCACUGCUGGUGGUGCUGUGAAUCAUGGUGCUGUGCACAGAAGGAGGCGGAUAUCGUUUGGAGGAGACUGUGGAGGAGGAGGGGGGGAGGGCGAGGAGGAUGGUGGGCUGUUUGCGUGGCUGUGGGAGCAGUACCGGCGCCGCCUCAUGCUCAACAAGGCAGUCGACUUCUCGCAGUUCGCCCCCAAGGCGGUGAAGCUGCUGCACGCGCAUCCAGAGAUACUCGCAUCGAGCAGCACGUGCAGCAGGGAGCACGCGCCUAGCAGAGCCCGCACUGCUGCAGCUGCAGCUUCGCCCAGGAACCACCUGCGUGUGUCGCAUGUGCUUGUGGACGAGUUCCAGGACACUGACAGCUGUCAGAUGGAGCUGCUUCUGCUGCUCUGCCGCCCGCUGCCGUCCGCGCCGACCCUGACCCUCGUGGCUGACGAUGACCAGCAGAUCUACUCCUUUCGUGGCGCCAUGGGCCUGCCGAACCUGCGCCGCUUCCUCCGAACCUACCCGCAGGCUCGGACCGUCUGCCUCGACCAGAACUUCCGAAGCUGCGGCUCGGUGGUGGAGGCCGCCCGCCACGUCAUCGCGCACAACCAAUGGCGGCACGCCAAGUGGAUGGUCACAGAAGCGCCAGUGGGCCCGCUUGUCUCCUUAUGCGAGUGCCGCACGGAUCGGUGCGAGGCGGCAGCUGUGGUUGGCAAGAUCUGUCAUCUAGUGGGGUCGUGCGGGGUGCCGGCGAAUCAGAUCGCGAUUCUGUACCGUGUGCAGGCUGUAGGAAAGGUGAUUUGGCAGUAUCUGAAGAGCCAUGGGAUCAAGGUGUCUUCUGCUGCAACUGGAGGAGGGGGAGCAGGAGGCUUUGGAGGUGGAGGAGGGGGAGGAGGAGGAGGGGCGGCAGGGGGAGGGGAAUGGGGAGCAGCAGAGGAGGAUGGGGUAGCAGUAGCUGCAAAUGGCUUUAUAGCAGAGGGGGGUAACAGUGCCACAGCUGGUGGUGCUCGGGGAGGGAGGGGGACGGGGACAGUAGGAGCGGUUUUCCAUGAUAUCCUGGCUCUCCUGCGAUUAGCUGCUAAUGAAUCAGAUGACAUGGCGUGUCGGCAGGUCUUGCGCUUUGUGUGUCCGCCGCCCACCCGCCAGGUGGCAGUUUGUCUGCGCACGCUACAGUGCGCCCCACACCGCAUCUCCCUCCUGCCUGCCGCCCGCAUGACUCGUCUUCACCUCCUCGGCAUCUCCCGCUGCGCCGCCCUCUCCAACGUGUCUUCCACCAACCCAGGCAGUGCUUGUAACGGAUCAGCAGGCAACAGCAGUGCUUUUAACGGAUCACACAUUACCCAUGCACACAACGCAGCCGGCCCCGCAUGGCCCCACACGCUUUCACCAGACGACACGGAGGUUCUAGAGGGAAUAAAGAGGAUGGCUGCAGCAGUCUCUGAGCUGCAAGGUCUUCUGGGCAUCCCCCCGCCUGGCUGGUCCUCUCCCCCUGCUCCUGCCUCCUCUGCUCCUGCCUCUGCAUCGCGCCCCCCUGCAAGCAGCAGGAGGAGAGGCAGUGGUGCUGGGAUUAUGGGUCUGGGUGGUGGGACUACGUCCUUAUCCGCGAUUUUCCACGGAGAAGGAGGAGGGGAGGAGGAGGAGGAUGGGGUGUCCUGUGAGGCUUUGGACAACGGAGGGGUGGUGCUGAGUACGAUUCACCAGGCCAAGGGGCUGGAGUGGCAGGCUGUGAUUGUAGUGAGGGCGAACGAGGGCGUGCUGCCACUGGUGGACUUCAGUAGAGUCACACAGGCCCCUGCCACUGCCGCCACCACCAACUACUCGCCCACGCCCCAAACCCUACAACCGACAACAGCGACAACGACAGCAGAAGCAGCUGCAGCUGCAGCAGCAGCACAGGGGGGAUCAUCGCGACCAGGUGCCUAUACGGCAGGUGGGGCAGUGGCAGGAAGAGAGGGGUGUGGGCGUGAGUGUGGGUUGCGGCCCCUGCCUCUGCUGCCUGCCAUGCCCCCGGACUACGACGCUCAUCUGGAGGAGGAGGUGAGCUGA